AUGGGUUGGUUAGUGAAAGCUCUUGUUGCUUCAAUACUCUUGUCUUUGGGUUUUGAAAUAACAGAGUCAGCUCCUGAAUCUGCUCUUGUCACCAAACUCCCUGGCUUCAACGGCAGUUUUCCAUCUAAACACUAUGCCGGGUACGUGGCAAUAUAUAAGGAGCGUAAUAAGAAUCUAUGGUAUUACUUUGUGGAAUCAGAGAGAAAUGCUUCAGGAGAUCCAGUGGUGCUUUGGCUUAAUGGUGGUCCAGGUUGCUCUAGCAUGGAUGGAUUUAUCUACGAGCACGGUCCUUUCAAUUUUGAUCCAACGAAGACAAAAUCACAACUUUUGCAUCUCAAUCGAUUUAGUUGGUCUAAGGUUUCUAACAUCAUAUACCUUGACUCCCCAGUUGGUGUGGGGUACUCUUACUCGAAGGACAAGUCUGAUUAUAAUACUAAUGAUACAAAAACCGCGUCUGAUUCUUAUGCAUUCCUUGUCGAGUGGUUCAAGAUGUUUCCGGAGUUUCAGUCAAAUCCACUCUUUAUCUCAGGAGAAUCAUAUGCCGGUAUCUAUGUGCCAACUCUUGCUUCCGAAGUUGUGAAAGGAAAUAAGAAUAAUGUGACAAAGCCGCUUAUCAACUUAAAGGGAUAUUUGGUGGGUAAUGGAGUUACUGAUCCAGUGUUUGAUGGUAACGCUCUAGUCCCUUUCGCACAUGGGAUGGGACUCAUAUCUAAUGAACUCUUUGAGGAGACUAAAGCCGAGUGCAAAGGACAGUAUUUUAAUGAGGCUAUAAAAAGUGACAAAUGCGCUCACUUUCUAGAGAAGGUGUCAGAGGGUUUAAGGGGUUUAAAUGUAUAUAACAUUCUAGAACCUUGCUACCAUGAAACAUCUACAUCUUCAUUUGACAUCGGAUCUCUUCCUUCGAGCUUCCAUAAGUUGGGGGAAACAGAAAGGCCAUUGCGAGUAAGAAAGAGGAUGUUUGGACGUGCAUGGCCCUUUGAUGCUGUUGUGCGUCCAGGCAUUGUCCCUAGUUGGCCUCAACUACUUGCUAACUCCACAGCUUCUUACUCGGCAGUUGCUUGUACUGACGAUAGAGUUGCAACGGCCUGGCUGAACGAUCCAGCGGUGAGACAAGCGGUUCAUGCUAAAAAGGAAACCGAGAUUGGAAGAUGGGUUUUGUGUACAGACCAAGUCGGUUACGCUCAUGAUGCUGGAAGCAUGAUCGAAUACCAUAGAAACCUCACACUUAGUGGCUAUCGUGCUCUAAUUUUCAGCGGUGAUCAUGAUAUGUGUGUACCAUAUACUGGCUCUGAGGCAUGGACUAAGUCAAUGGGAUACAAGGUGGUUGAUGAAUGGAGGCCAUGGAUGUCAAAUGACCAAGUCGCCGGGUUUACGCAAGGGUAUGACAACAAUCUCACAUUUUUAACCGUCAAGGGUUCAGGACACACCGUUCCAGAAUAUAAACCGCAUGAAGCCUUGGAUUUCUAUAGCCGUUUUCUCGCAGGAGAAAAGAUAUAG